AUGGAAAAACUUGAAUAUCGAGCAUAUAUUAAAACUCGUGCUCUAUUUGGAGUUUCAGCACAAGCCAUAACCGAUGAAUUGGUUUUAGUUCAUGGUGACCAAGCUCCAAAAUAUAGUACAGUUGCCAAGUGGGCUACUUUAUUUAAAGAUGGUAGAGAGAGUCUUAAAGAUGAUCCUCGCUCAGAGCACCCCAAAACCACGUAUACAGUUGAGAAUAUUGAACGUGUGCAAGCCAUUAUUGAAGAAAAUCCGCAUGCAACACAUGAUAUAAUUGAAGCCUUGACAUCAAUUAAUCGUUUUACAGUUAACGAAAUUAUUCACAACGCACUUAAAAAAGGAAAACUAACAUCACGUUGGAUACCCUACGAGUUAACCAAUGAAAAUCGAAAUAAUAGAGUUGAGGCAUGUAAGGAAAAUUUAGCUCUUUUCAGAAACGGCCCAUGGAGGUUAUGCAAUAUUGUUACAGGAGAUGAGUCAUGGUUUUAUUUGAGACAAGUCAGCUAA